GACCAAUCAGGCAUGGCUGUAUACUCUUUGGCGAGACACGGCGGAUUUUUUGUAAACUGAGCGCCUUUUUUAGACAUUUUGUUUUGUGUUUCUUUGCGGGAAACUCUGCAUUUCUUGUACACUGAGAUAGUGUACAACUGAUGUUUUAGCUAGCAGCGGUCAGCAUGGAAACAAAUGAAGCAAAUGGAGAUGGUGUAGCAGCAAAGGUUAUUACUACAAAUAAUACUGCAAUGUCUCCACCCCCAACAACAAACAGUGCUAUACCACGACUCAUGAUAACAAAAAUAGCCAACGAGAACUUCAAGUCUUAUGCCGGUAAAGUAGUACUUGGGCCAUUUCAUAAGAGUUUUUCUUGCAUUGUUGGUCCCAAUGGAAGUGGGAAAUCCAACGUAAUUGACGCAAUGUUGUUUGUGUUUGGCUAUCGUGCAUCCAAGAUCCGAUCAAAGAAGAUAUCAGUGCUUGUUCACAAAUCAGAUAAUUUUCCCAAUCUCAACAGUUGCACAGUAGCUGUUCACUUUCAGAAGAUUAUAGAUUUGGGACCUGGUGAAGAUGAGUAUAGCAUUGUGCCAGGAAGUCAGUUUGUGGUUUCACGUACUGCGUUCAAGGACAACACAAGCCAGUACCAUCUGGAUGGCAAACGUGUACAGUUCAAAGAGGUCUCUGUAAAGCUAAGAGAAAGUGGCGUUGACUUGGAUCACAACAGGUUUCUAAUAUUACAAGGUGAGGUUGAGCAGAUAUCACUGAUGAAGCCCAAGGCUUUGACAGAGCAUGAGGAAGGAAUGCUGGAAUACUUAGAAGACAUCAUUGGCAGCAACAAAUUCAAAGAACCAAUUGAAGAGAUCAGCAAGAAGGUAGAGGAGCUCAAUGAAGAAAGAGGCGAGAAGUUGAGUCGAGUGAAGGCGGUUGAGUCGGAAAUGAACCAACUGGAAGAGCCAAUGAAAGAAGCGGAGGAGUUCCUACGAAGCGAGAAUCAAAUCACACAAAAGAAAAACAAAUUAUUUCAGAAAUACAUACAUGAGUGCUCAGAAGUCUCCAAAGAAGUUGAAACCAAAAAAAAUGAGGUUGAAGAAAAGAUGAAAAGUCUGCAUGAAAACUUGACACAACUGACAGAAAACAACAAAAUCAAGGGGAAGGAUCACAAGAAACUUUUCAAAAAAUAUGAAAAAUUGUGUGAAGAGGGAGCCAAGAAAAAGGAAGAGUUUGCUGAAUUUGAGCGACAGGAUGUCAAAUGUAGAGAGAAUUUGAAAUAUACAAAAGAAAAACAAAAGAAAUUGAUAAAAUCCCUGCAAAAGGAAAAAACUAAGUUGGAGGAUUUACGUGGUGGAUCAACAGACAAUGAGAAAGUGAUUGAGGAGAUGAAAGAAAAGAAAGAUAAACUUGAAAGUCAAUUAAAAAAAGAAGAGGAGAAAAUGAGUGAAAUCAUGGCAUCUCUGAAAACUGCAACCACAGAUUUACAAGAAGAAAAAGAGGAAAAGGAAAAAGAACUGACAGAGAUGCAAGAUGGUGUGAACCAGGCCAAGUCACUCAAAUCGGAGGCAGAAUCCAGGCUAAAUAUUCAACAGGAAAAAGUGGAUGAAUUGAAAGGAAAAUUAGAAAAUAUGACGACAAGUUUAGAAACAGCAAGUAAAGUUCUAGAUGAAAGAAAAAGCUCUGUCAAAGACCUUGAAGUAGAGGUUCCAGAACUGGAGAAACGACUUGAGGAGUCCACAAAGCUUCUGGCAGCAGCAAAAGAUACAGAUUCUAAGUCUUAUCAAAAGUUUAGAGAUUUUUCUGUGAAGGUUGGUGAAGCGCAGAAUUCCCUGCAGUCAUUCACUAAUCGAGGUGCAGUGUUAAGUGCUUUAAUGGCUCAGAAGAACAAUGGAAACAUACCAGGAAUCCAUGGAAGAUUGGGUGAUCUUGGCUCAAUAGAUGAAAAGUAUGAUGUGGCCAUAUCAACUGCCUGUGGGGCCUUGGACUAUAUUGUUGCUGACAACUUGGAAACGGGAGAAAAAUGUGUCACGUUUUUACGUGACAACAACAUUGGACGUGCAACAUUCAUUGGAUUGGAUAAGAUGGAGCAUUUGAAGAAGGCAUCAUGUACAAAGAUCUCAACGCCUGAUAAUGUUCCCAGACUUUAUGACCUGGUGAAACCGAAAGCUGAGAUGUUCAAGACUGCUUUCUACUAUGGCCUUCGCGACACUUUGGUUGCUAAAGAUCUUGAUCAAGCCACAAAGAUCGGUCUUCAAGGUACAAAGCGCCACCGUGUGGUCACAUUACAGGGUCAACUUAUCGAAACAUCUGGUACCUUGAGUGGUGGUGGUAAACAAGUAUCCAAGGGACGCAUGGGGUCAAAGAUGGUAACUGAUAUUACGCCUGAACAACUGGCUACUAUGAAGGAGGAGUUGGAGCAGAUCAAAAAUGAUUCUCAAAAUCACAAACAGGAGUUUAGACGUCUGGAGGAGGAGGUUAACCAUUUACAGAAGAGUCUGACUGAAAAGAGGCUAACACUUAAGAAACACAUGAUGGAUAUAGAUUUCAAAGCAAAACAUGAGGCUACUUUAAAGGAACAGAUCAAGGAGGCUGAGAAAGAGUUUGCAGGACUCAUGAAGAACACCAACUUCAAAGAAUUGGAGAAGAAUGUCAAAAAAUUCGCUGAUGCUUAUGAUAAGGUGUACUCCAGGUUUGCAAAAGUGGAGUCACAGGUGAAGAGUCUUCAUGACAAGAUAAUGGAGGUUGGAAAUAGCAAGAUGAAACCACAGCAGACGAAGCUCAAUAAACUCAAUAAAGAGAUUGAGGAGGCCAAUGAUGCUGCCCUCAAGGCUCAGGUGGCAAUCAAGAAUUCCAAAAAGAACAUUAAAAGAGCAGAGGAUAAGGUAGCAUCAAUGGAAAAGGAGGAGGAAGAGAACGCUGAGGCCGUCAAGAAGAUUGAGGAAGAGUUCAAACAUCUGGAGGACGAGGCCACAAAUGUGCUGCAAUCUUUCCGUGAUGUUGAAGAACGAAUGAAAGAAAUGCAGGAGGCGCUGGAUCUUAGUAAACAGGAAUUAAACAAAAUUCAGGAAGAAGAAAAUGAGUUAAAAGCAAAAGAACUUGAGGUGAAAUAUGAACUGGAAAAGUAUGUUGAUCUUGUGAAAGAAAAUCAACAGAAAACAAAACACUGGAAAAAAGAGAUCCAGAAGUUGUCACUACAUAAGCUGCGUAACCAAGAAGAGGAAGAGAAGCUAGAAGAACUACAAGAAGAGGAACUAAAUGAAGUGAAUGCGGAGGAAGUACAAUAUGAAAUUACUGUACUGGAGGAAAAACUCGCUGGAAUGAAGCCCAACUUGGCAGCCAUCCAACAGUACAAGAAGAAGGAAGAAGCUUAUCUUCAGAGAGUUGGCGAGUAUGAUGAACUUACCGAAACGCGUAACAAAGAGCGGCGGAAUCUUGAGGAGAUGCGAAAGCAGCGUCUGGACAUGUUCAUGAAGGGAUUCAGUGCUGUCAAUGAAUAUCUGAAGGAGAUGUACCAGAUGAUCACUCUGGGAGGAGACGCUGAGCUGGAAUUGGUUGAUAGUCUUGAUCCAUUCUCAGAAGGCAUCGUCUUCAGUGUCCGACCGCCAAAGAAGAGUUGGAAGCAGAUUUGCAACCUGUCUGGUGGUGAGAAGACAUUAAGUUCAUUGUCCCUCGUGUUCGCACUUCAUCAGUUUAAACCCAACCCGCUCUAUGUAAUGGAUGAGAUUGAUGCUGCACUCGAUUUCAAAAAUGUCUCCAUCGUCGGUCAUUAUAUUACUGAAAGGACGAAGAAUGCGCAGUUUAUUGUGAUCUCGUUAAGGAACAACAUGUUUGAACUGGCCGAUCGUUUAGUUGGAAUUUACAAAAUUGACAACUGUUCACGAACUGUAGCGAUUAACCCAAAGAAAUUGGCGGACACCACAGAAAUAAGUGUAGAGGCCUAGGCAAUGAAUCAAUGUUGUUGAUACCUAGACUUUGUAUAUACUAAACUGAACUUGGCAUGGAGGACAAAUGCCUUAAAUUUAGCUAUGUAGAGGCCUACAAAAGCAUGUAGAUACAUUGGAGCCAAUGUGUUGACACUAAUUUGAAAAAGGAAAAUUAUAUAAUAUCAACUACUAAUUUUUGCAUUUGUGUCCCUUGCUGUGUAUAUUAUUUAUGUAAUAUGUUUCUUGUAUUUAAACAAUGAAUUUUUGCUUGUUCAGACAUUUAUUGCUUGAUCAGUAGACAGAUUUCUAUACUUUCAAGUUAAUAGAUUGUAAAUUUAUAAACAGAUUUAGUGAAUGUUUACCAGUUACUAAAAUCAUGAUCUGCAAUCUGGUAGUGAGAAUAAUAGUUGAUUGUAGUUAUUGCAAAGUUUGUCAUCUAUUUGGGGCUUGCCAUCUCAAAAUCAGCAUCACUGACCAAAACAAGAAAACUCACUUAUUAAUAUAUUCUCCACAUUAUUUUAUAUGCUUUAAAAUGAUAAGUCAUUUACUGAAUCGACUUGCUAUUGCCAAAAUGAUGAAUAAAGGUAUUUACAGCUUCUCUGUUCUAAAAUGCUGCCACAUUUUUACGCUAGUUACUCAGUUUAACAUAGCAACUGUAUGCUGGUUUUUGGAUGGAAGCCUCAUUUACUGUAUCCUGAUUGAGGAAUAUCUGGAUUACAUCAUAAUUAUGAUUUGAAUAAACCUGUACACUUAUGGCCAACAAGAA